AUGGCAUGGUGGAAGGCCUGGAGUGAAGCGGAGGGCAAGUCUGUGACAGGUGCUUUAAACUUUGACCCCGCGCCUGAUGCUCAGGCUCUGUACAAGGCCAUGAAAGGGCUUGGGACUGAUGAACAAGCUAUAAUUGAUGUCCUAACCAAGAGGAGCAAUAUGCAACGUCAACAGAUUGCCAAAUCCUACAAAGCACAGUUUGGAAAGGAUCUGAUUGAAUGCCUGAAGUGUGAACUCUGUGGCAGUUUCGAGAGCCUCAUUGUAGCUCUUAUGUACUCCCCUUUCAAGUAUGAUGCCAAGGAACUAUACGAUGCCAUGAAGGGUGUAGGAACAAGUGAAGAUGUUAUCAUAGAGAUCCUGGCAUCCCGGACAAAAGCACAGAUCAAAGAGAUAGUCAAGGCCUACAAAGAAGAAUACGGUUCUGAUCUGGAAGAUGACAUAAAAUCGGAAACAAGUGGCUACUUUGAAAAGAUUCUGGUUUGCCUUCUUCAGGGUGAGAGGGACAAUGCCACUCUCUAUGUGGACACAGCACUGGCUCUCCAGGAUGCAGAGGCUCUCUAUGCUGCUGGGGAGAAGAUAAAGGGCACUGACGAGAUGCAGUUCAUCACCAUCUUGUGCUCAAGGAGUGCCACACACUUGCUGAAAGUGUUUGAAGAGUACCAGAAACUGUCUGGUAAGAGCAUAGAAGACUCUAUCAAGAGUGAAACUAAUGGUUCACUUGAGGAUGCCAUGCUGGCUAUUGUGAAAUGCACCAGGAGUGUCCAUUGCUACUUUGCAGAAAGGCUGUACAAUGCUUUGAAGGGGUCUGGCACCCGUGACGGGACUCUUACAAGGGUGAUUGUCUCUCGAAGUGAAGUUGACUUAAAUCUUAUAAAGGCUGAAUUCAAGCAUAUUGCAGGAAAAUCUCUCUCCAGUAUGAUUACGGAUGACACCAGUGGCGACUACAAGACAGCCUUGCUGAAUCUCUGUGGCAGUGACUGA